ACAAGAGAGAGAAAGAGAGAAAACAAUGGUCGCCUCGUCUCUCUCUCUCUCUCUCUCUCUCUCUCUCUCUCCUAUUUUCUCUUUUUCCUGGUUUCACUUUUGGGUUAUCCAGCCAGAUGGCUCAGAUCCAAUGAAAACCAACAGGAAAACAGUUGGUACCACCACCCAACCCAAAUGAAAAUGAAAAUGAAAUGAGAACGAUAAGAAGCCCCCUCAUCUCAUUAAUCACAUAACAUCAUUUAUAGUCUCAUUAAGGAUUCCAACCCCAGAUUAAUUAAUUUUUUUAGCUGAGCCCCCUCCCUUCUACCUUCUCUUUUUGGUCCCUCACUCACUUUCCAUUUAUACCAAUUACCUUUCCAUUCAUUUACACCUGUAUCACUCAUCAUCUUCUUCUUCUUCUUCUUCUUCUUUUCAAACCCUACAAAAUUAAAAGCUGAAAUUAAAAUUUGGGACAAGGGUAUAAUGACAACGAGAGGGAGCAGAUCAGAGAAGGUCAAGAGGAUUUUCCACCAAUUCGAUGAAAACCAUGACGGAGGUCUCAACAGAGACGAAAUGGCCGCGCUCGUUGUGGCGGUAAACCCUAGGGUCAAGUUCAGCGACGAGCAGAUCAAUGCCAUUCUCGACGAGGUCUUCCGGACCUACGGUGACUUCAUCGACGGUGAGAAGGGCCUCACCUAUGAGGGCCUCUUGCGGACCUACGACGACGGUGCCGGUGACGUGGACCGUGACUUCGACGCGCUCGGUUUGGAGCUCACCUUGGACGAGACCAAAGCUUCCAUGGCCUCCGAGGCCUCGUCGUCCUCGAUAGUCGACGAACGCCUCGUUGAGUCGCAAAAGAAGCAGAGAACGGCGGCCUGGGCGGUGUCACCCAACCACGGGAUCGUGUUCGACGACACGUGGAAGAUUGUCGACGAUUUAGAGAUUUUGGUGAAGAGGUUGAAGGCGAAGCAAGCCAAAGAUGGGAAAUUGAAAGCCGACAAUAUCGACGCUUUUUCCGAUGCCGGGUGGUCUAGAGAAUUGGGACCUUCUUCAGAGAUUUCGGAUAAAAGGGUAUUUUGGGAAGAGUCUGGGCACGAGUAUGCUGCGUUUGUUAAAGAAUUGGGGGUGUUAAGGAGCCGAGCCGAUGGAGCAAGGUCACGUGAGCAGGCCUUCGAUGGUCACAUGGCGAUUGGGAGGGUUCUGUAUGAGCACCAGCUGUUCAAAGAGGCGUUGGUGAGUUUCAAGAGGGCUUGUGAAUUGCAACCAGUGGAUGUGAGGCCACAUUUCAGAGCUGGGAACUGCUUGUAUGUUCUUGGCAGAUACAAAGAGGCUAAAGAUGAGUUUUUGUUGGCGCUCGAGGCGGCGGAGGCCGGUGGGAACCAGUGGGCUUAUUUGCUUCCACAGAUUUAUGUGAAUCUCGGGAUUGCGCUUGAAGGUGAAGGUAUGGUUUUAAGUGCUUGUGAGUAUUAUAGAGAAGCUGCAAUUCUUUGUCCAACUCAUUUUAGAGCUUUGAAACUUUUGGGUAGUGCUCUUUUUGGGGUUGGGGAAUAUAGAGCGGCUGUCAAGGCCUUGGAGGAAGCCAUUUUUAUGAAACCGGACUAUGCCGAUGCGCAUUGUGAUUUGGGUUCGGCUUUGCAUGCCAUGGGUGACGAUGAUAAGGCAAUUGUGAUCUUUCAGAAAGCCAUUGAUUUGAAACCUGGUCAUGUAGAUGCUUUGUACAAUUUGGGUGGGCUUUAUAUGGAUGCUGGCAGAUUUCCGAGAGCUUCUGAGAUGUAUACUAGGGUUUUAGCUGUGUGGCCCAACCAUUGGCGUGCUCAGCUUAACAAGGCUGUGUCCUUGUUAGGAGCUCGGGAAACUGAGGAAGCUAAGAAGGCUUUGAAGGAAGCAUUGAAAAUGACCAACAGGGUUGAAUUACAUGAUGCCAUUGCACAUUUGAAGCAGCUGCAGAAGAAGAAGGUGAAGGGGAAUGGGGGUGCCAAUGGGGAGGGUUCGUUUGUCGUUGUGGAACCUACAAAAUUUAGGACAGUUGGCGAGAGGACUACAUUGAGGCAAGACUUGGCCAAUGCACUUGAGAUUAGGGCCUUUCAGAGGAUUACCAGGUUGAGUCGUUGUGAUGUGGAGUUGCUUAAGAAGGAAAUGAAUGAUGGCGAUGUACCUGUUUCGUAUUCUGGUACUGGUGUUCCUCAGAGAUCCAUACGCAAGCCUAACUUGGAAGAAAUUCUCCGCAGGUUACUUGAUUUCCUAAAACCAGAGACUUUUCAAGGAGCUGUUAAAGCCAUAAACGAGAGGAUACUCUCCGUCUUUGAUGAUACGGGCUCAGGCAGAGUGGACUUGGGCAUGUUUUUUGCUGUUCUGGCUCCUAUUUGCAGUGGCCCGCCAGAAAAGCGCAAACGAGUUGCAUUUGAUGCGCUCUUGUGGCGUCCUGUGAACGAAGGUGGUGGUGCUCAGAUAAGAAAAGUCGAUGCCACAAGAUAUAUCAAACUGUUGAGAGCCAUAUAUGUUCCUUCCCAUGGGGUUAGUGAGAUGCUGGAACUCCAUGGAGAAGAUCUUUCCAUGAUGUCUUUCACAGAGUUUCUUGUCAUGUUUGAUGACACAGAUUGGGGUUUUGGUAUCAUGUCCACGUUGUUGAAGCUUGAAACUGGGGACAGGAACCGUCACGGCAACCGUAUCUGCUCGGUCUGCCGCUAUCCGAUUAUUGGGUCCCGUUUUAAGGAGAUAAAAUCUCAUUUCAGUUUGUGUAAUCAAUGCUACAGCGAGGGAAAGGUGCCUCCUGCCCAUAAGCAGGAAGAGUACAAAUUCAGAGAAUAUGGAAGUGAGGCUGAAGCCAUGAAAGACAAGUGCAAGUGCUUCACAUUGCAAUCCCAUAGUGACCCAUAGCUAUAGACUUUAUUUUUGUGUAUUCUGUAUAAUUCCUUCUUCAUAAUCGUAGUUGUUCAGUGUGAAAUAUAUAGAUCAUGAAUGUGUUCUGUGGGCAUUAUGCCCUUGUAUAAUACAUUGUUCCCACCGGUGUUUCUGAUGUCUCUCUGCCAUAUCAUCUGUAUAACGUUGCUUCUCUUUUCCAACACUCAGAUGUUGUAUGGUUUCACUGUCCUCUCCUCUGUAUAGAAGGAGAGGGUUGGGAGGCUCUUUAAUUGCAUGAUGAUCGAUAUUUGUUCUUGGUA